AUGAGCUCACUUAACGUCGAUGGAACAGCCAAUUUCACUACACCUGUUAUAGAAUAUUAUGCUAAAUUCAUGCAUUCACCUCCCAGUAGGGACUCUGUAUCUGGAACUAGCCCAACCACGAAAUUCCUGAAAACGCUGUCUGGAGGGUCUAUUCGACGUCUGAGUAGUAAAUUCAGGCCCCACAGCAGGAACAGCGGACUGCAGCAGCAACAAAUAUCUUAUCCACAACCUGUUAACAGAACACUACCAGUUAUUCAUGGACCUUCCGGAGCUGCACCUGUAUCGUUACAGAAGCUCGGAUCUACAACCAUGCAAGGCAAGAAGAGGCCGACGCCUUUGAAUUUGAAGAUGGUGAGUCAGCCUUUAGCCGUACAGAAGACAUCAAGUGAUGCAUCUAAACCCAAACUGGGAUCGCCUAUGAAGCUGCGGCCUCCUUCUAAAAUGCAGACAAAUGAUUUAAGAUCAUCUGGGAAAACUUUGGUGGAUGAUCAGGGCCUAAGACUCUCAAUACAACAGUCCGCUCUUUCCAAUUCCAACAGAUCGCCGGAUACUUAUGCGGGCAGAAUAUCAACUAACUAUGCAUCAAUCCAUCGCCGUCAUACGAUAACUAGUGCUAUAAAUGGAGGCAAGCGUUACAAUAGCAACGCAUGCUCCAUCUGCGGCGAAAAUCUCAACGCUUUGCUAGCCGGUGAAAGAAUUGUAGAGCUGACAUGCGAUCAUCAAAGCCACUAUCACUGUUACUUUACACUACUAGAAGUAUCUGUACAGAAUGACAAGUAUCCUCGUUGUCAGCUUUGCGGCCAGGAGCGCAAACCUAAGAGCGAUGAAAUCUUAACCGACAUGAAGUCUUCUAUUUUGUUAACGAAACCGCUACGAUCUACACAAGGGAGCAGUAUCAGCGCUCAAGUAUUAGGUCCGACUUCUGCGACAGGUGAGAAACCCCUGGUAGAUAUCUAUACGCCAUGCGAGCAGCUCCUGAAGAGCGCUGAUGUUGGAUCAAAUGGGUUCUGUAGCUCCUACAACGAUUCCAUGUACUGCGCAAACACUAGCGAUGAGGUCACGCUAGAAUAUCCACUAUCAGCAACUGAUAGCAAUCCCGAUAGUAGGUCACCAACUCCCUCGGAAGGUGAUUGUCUGAAGGUCAAUGUAAUCCCUCAGAUGAACAAAUUGAUGGUAGAUGACACACUAGAUGAAGUCAUUGUGCCUUUUGUCCUCAACUGCUUCGUGCCCGGGGUGAAAAAAGAGGAUAUAGAUGCUGAGUGCUUAGCGGAUCAGAGUCUAAGAGCAGACGUUAAUGAAUAUAUAUCAAACAAGUUUUCGUUGCACUUGAAUGGAUCAAGUCCACUCAGAUUAUUCGAUAGGCUGAACUAUUCACUUGAUGGCAAUCAAUGGACACAUGUGGUGGUUUACUGCUUUGAAAAAUGCCUGCUAUUGGUGGAACAAGAGCAUACAGAUGUAGAACCGGUAAUAAUUGGUAAAAUCCCCAUGGAACAUCUCUCACGCCUUUACAAGUAUAACAGCAACACUAUAAUCCUGGAUUUGAAAAGCAUUUCACUACCCGAGGUCUAUUUGCAAGACCUUAAGGGCAGCGCUGCACUAAUUAAUAAGUGGCAUUUUUAUCUCUCCAAUGCACAAUCCAGAGUACCGGUUGCCCUGCAGACUACCAACUGCUGGCAAUUGCUACCGCAACACAUCCUUGAUAAAGUACCCAAGGAGCUAAUUUCCUACAAUCAACUAACAGGCGAUGCUCUUGGCCUAACUGCUAGUCUGCAUAACUCCACCAUAUCUGGCAAUAGGGGAAUUAACUCAUGUGGAAAAUCAUCAAAACUGCAGAUAGUAGUAGCAGUCAGUUUAUUUAAUUGCCAGCCAGAGCUGCACUCUAAUGAGGAGCUGCUCAAAAUCAUCCAGCAGCAGUUAAGAAGCCUGAAAUAUUCACUGCAUGAAGACGAUCUGCUAGGCAUUGUGGUAGCUGCAAAGGAGGGCUUCAACAAUGGAAGGUUCUAUGGGAUGGUGUCCAAAAACUGGGAACUUUGGGAUGAAAUAAUUGACGACAUGCGUGUUACAGAGAGCGACAAUGGGCAUGUGUCGGACAUAAUAGACUUACACUAUAUUAUGGAAGCGAGCAGCAGACUUUUGAGCAUGGUGGAGGGUUCCAGCGAUUACAUUCGCCAACUCGUCAUCCUCAGUAACGACUACCAGGCGCACAGUCCCGCCGAGCCAUCGGACAUCCCGCCUGGAAUAUAUCAAAGACUGGAGCAGUUUACUAGCAGGGCGAUAGAGGAGUACAAGUUCUCCAUUACGCAGCUUGUUACAAAAAAUAGCCACGCCAUACUGAGGAACUAUGUGAACGGCGCCCAUUAUAACAUAACAACAGAACCUGUAGAACACCUAACGGAUAUAAACUGCCAGGAGCUCAUUCACGAGCUACACCAAAAAUCCGUACCUCAGGUCCAGAUCGAGCUGCAGAGCUUUGAUCAGAACAUUGCGACAUUUAAAAGCGUCGAGAAUAAAGGCAAGCUCGUUCCAUGCCUGGAAGCUUCCCUGUUACUGCAGGUUGGCUGCCUGAAACCGGGAGAGUCUAGAAGCCUGAUUUUCGAGAUGCGCAUCGACAAGCACGGCCUUCGCCGAUUCCUCGCCGACAAACACGGCCUGCUGACGUCCAGCCCCGACUGCGCGGAAUCACCCUCCCUCUCUCUUGUCCACUGUCACUAUGCGCCCGCGUUCUCCCGGGAGCGCCGGCGAGCCGCCUGUUCCGGCGUGGCCUUUUCUUUCAAUUUCUGCCGGAGGGGCUGUUCGCCCAUCGUGAGUCUCGUCGCCAGUCCCGUCAGCCCAGAUCCCGCCGCCGCCGGCGCCCUCGAGGCUCCGGAGGACGACCUCUACGUCGAUAUUCCCCUCGUCGCCCCGCUCUCGCCCGCGCGAGACGCUGUGUUCGUUGGCCGCCAGAUCCAGCUGCUGGUUGUCGACGCGCUCGGCAGGCUCGGCGUAGAAACCCCUCGCUCCAUGCCCUGCGUCUCGCCUGCGCGGCUGCGGGAACUUGUCUCCGUGCUGUUCGGUAUGAGCAGGGAUUGUGCCUGCACCGUUCCCGCCUACGUCCGGGAAGCCCACCCGACCCUGGCCAUCCACCAGCAGACCGAGGCACUAUGUAAGAAACUUGAGCAGAUCGUAGAUGCAUACGAGCACGGGGGCCGGGACACAGAUGCCGCUGGCAUCCCGCACUGGGCGCAGCUGGCUCGUGCCCUAUAUCUCUCGCUUAUGUAA